GGAUUAUCACACACGCAAUCCAUGACUUUGGAUCCAGUCAUUACAGAAAUCUUCAGCUUCAACAUAAGACCUUCAUUCCUACAUUACUUCUGUUCGUUUGAGGGAAAUAUUCACCUUAUCGUCAUUGUGUUUAAUUCUCUAUGGAAUCCGCUAGAAUGGCAAACUUUGAUGCAAAACACAGCUAUCCACCUGACUUAUCGGAGUCUUCAAACGAUAAUAACGCUUUAUUUAUGUGUUUGCUGGCGAUGAGUGUGGUGUGUAUCAUACAACUCUUAAUUUGUGUCCUGUUUGCAUACAAAGGCUGUAAAGCUAAAUUCAGCCCGGAACCUCCACCUUACAGCCCUUGGAGUCCAUUUUUAACUCUUCGUCAAAGUCAACAGGCAUCAGAUUUUAAUGAACCGCCACCAGCUUACGUGACAGUCCAAAACGAAUUGCGUGACAUUAAUGAGCCUUGCUUAGCGUCACAAGGGUUGGACAAUGAAGAAAAUGAUCGUCAAUGUGAUGUAGAAGGCGUGACACCGACUUCGACUUUACAAGAUAUGAAUGAAGAGGAAAGUAACGAAAAAAUACGUGACACAACAAAUGGGACACAUGAAGAGUUAUCUACAGUGUCACAAGUAACUAAUAAUGAGACGUCACAAGGGUUGGAUAAUGAAGAAAGUAAUCGUCAAUGUGAUGUAGAUAGCGUGACACCAGGAGACUCUUCUUAGCAUAGGGAGGUGAGCAUCUUGGAUUGCAAGGCAUUGUGGAACGUCCAAAAAUUUCCGAUAUAUAUAGUUUCGUGCAUUUGAAAGAAAAUAUAGUUAAUUACAAACUCCAUAACAUAGUCGUUUCUUAUUGGCAAUCGGGGACGAACUAGAGUACUGAUAUGAAAAUGGGGACAAAGGUAAAGCUCUAAUGGGUAACCUACAAAGAAUAAAUAUACGAGAGAAUAUGCGUUCUUUCAUCUUAAGACAAAUACUAACUUUCAGUUUAUCUUAAAAA